CUUGCCUUUAGUUCCAAUAUGGCAACUCGGCUUUUUUUUUUUUUUUUCAACGGUUGCUUCUUGGUUAUUAUUGUCUACUUUACACCAUUUUUGAAAAGAAACAAAUAAAAGAACCUGCAAGACCAUGACUUCUUUCACUCCAGCGGACUUUGAAUUCACUUUCCUGGAGGAAGGGCUUUGUGCUCUGGACUUCAUUGAGCAGAAGAUGAAGGACUCUGAAGAUGCCUUCUUUGUGGGGGACCUGGGGGACGUGCUGCAGAAGCACCUGAGGUGGGUGCGUGCCAUGCCUCGCGUCACGCCCUUCUACGCCGUCAAGUGCUGCGACAGCCGAGACGUUGUCAUGACGCUUGUCGCCCUGGGGACGGGGUUUGACUGCGCCAGCAAGACUGAGAUCCAGCUGGUGCAGUCUCUCGGGGUGGACCCCAGCAGGAUCAUCUACGCCAACCCCUGCAAGCAGAUAUCCCACAUGAAGUACGCCUCUGCCCACGGGGUCCAGAUGAUGACCUUCGACAGUGAGGGGGAGCUCAUGAAGGUAGCCUGUUGCUAUGAAAACCCCAAGCUGGUCCUCCGCAUUGCCGUGAAUGAUGCAGGUUCCAUGUUCGCAAUGAGCAACAAAUUUGGGGCAAAGCUGGAGAGAUGCCCUCUGCUCCUGGAGCAGGCGCGGGAGCUGGGCCUCGACGUCAUCGGGGUUAGCUUCCAUGUGGGCAGUGGCUGCACUGACCCAGACCCAGAAGCCUACAGCCAGGCCAUCUCAGACGCCCGCCGUGUCUUCGACAUGGGGGCAGAGCUUGGCUACAACAUGACCCUUCUGGACAUUGGUGGGGGAUUCCCUGGAUCUGACGACUCCAAGCUGAAGUUUGAGGAGUUCACAGCGGUUAUAAACCCAGCACUGGAUAAGCACUUUCCAGCCCAUUCUGGGGUCCGAGUAAUCGCAGAGCCAGGCCGCUACUAUGUGUCUUCAGCCUACACGCUGGCCGUCAACAUCAUCGCAAAGAAAGAGAAGAUUGAGGAGCAGAUGGCCUGUGAUGAUGAAGGUGAUGGGGCCAACAAGAGGACCUUGAUGUACUACGUGAAUGACGGGAUCUAUGGCUCGUUCCACAACAUCCUUUUUGGCGCCAGAUAUAUGCCAAGUCUGCACAAGAAACCCAAGCUGGACGAGCCCAUGUACCCCUGCAGCAUCUGGGGCCAGACCUCCAGCGGGGUGGACCGCAUUGUGGAGCAGUGCAUCCUGCCGGACCUGCAGGUGGGCGAAUGGCUGCUGUUCCACAACAUGGGGGCCUACACCAUAGCCUGCUCCACCACCUUCAACGGCUUCCAGAAGCCUGACAUCCACCAUGUGAUUUCACGGAGUGCGUGGCAGUGGAUCCAGCAGAUCUCCACUCAGGGGCUGCCCGCCCCCGUGGAAGAGUCCUGUCCCAGCCGUACCCCAUCCUGCUGGAGUCGGGAGAGCAGCCUGGAGCUUCUAGCCAAGCCCUGCCUUUGAGUUGGUUUCCAUUCAUUAAUGCUUCUGUGUACCUAAAAAAAAUGUACCUAAUUGUUACCAAGUACUG